GCCUGCGGCGCCCGGGCGCGCGCGGCGCUGGCGGGCGCGGCUGCGCCGGCGGGCGAGGCGGCGCUGGUGCGAGCCGCGGCGGCGCAGGGGAGGCGCCCGCAGCCGGCGGGCAGCCCCGAGGAGCCCAGAGCGGGCGCGGCGCUGGAGGCGGAGAACGCGCGGCUGCGAGAGGAGAUACGCGCCAUGUACGGCACGAUCAAGCAGCAGUCCAGCGCUCUCAGCCAGCUGUGGGAGGGGCAGCUCCACGGCCAGGCCGCCCCCACCCCGGGGGGCGCCCGGGUCGUCGGCGCCGUGGCGGAGAUCAGCCGCGUCCGCCUCGGGGCCUCCCGCUUGGACGCGGCGCACCUGGAGAAGGUGCUCGGCGCGAAGGGCAGCACAGAGGCCUCGCGAGCGGCAGGGGCCUGUACGACGCCCCCGCGGGCGUCGACGCCGCCGCGCUCCGCGACGCCGCCCAGGCUCUGCAGCGCUGCGCCCUGCUCGCAGGUGGCCGAGCCGUUCGGCUGGCAGGAGCCUGCCACGCCGCCGUGGGCCGCCACCGCGGGCUCGGCGCCGCAGGGGGCCACGGACCCGGAUGCCAUUGGCAGCCUGGUCGGUUCGGUGGGCCGCUUCCCGUCUGGGAGGCGACUGCCGCUGUUCACGCUGGGCACCAGUGGCGGCGCGGCGAGCGCGUCGCCGCCGACCUCUGCGGCGCUACGCAGUGCGUCGCCGGCUGGCGCCGGCGGCGCACCGGGCGCGCUCAGGGAGGGUGGCAGCCCUACGGCCGGAGUCGUCGUGCGCUUCACCGUGGACAAGGUGGACUACGGGCGCCUCAAGUCCAGGCCUGCUCUGUGCGCGGCGUUCGAGGCCGCAGUGAAGGCAGCGCUGGCGGAGCAGUCUGGCCCCGGCGUGCUGCCAGAGCACGUCGCCGAGCUGCGGCUGUGGAAGGGCUCCGUCGUGGUGGAGGCCACCAUCGUGCCCCCCGGCGGCGCCGCCGCCUGCGAGGCGCUGCGCGCGUCGCUGGGCGCGUCCGUGGCGCUGGGGGCCCUGCUGGCCGCCGCCGUGGCCAGGGUGGAGGGCAUCGCCGCGGCCUGCACGGGCACCAUCGGCGUCAAGUCGGUGGUGGCCCUCCUGGGCGUGCCGCCGGGCGCGCCCGCGGCGGGCGCGGAGGGCGCGCGGCUCGGCACGCCGCUGGGG